AUGAAGCUGGACGAGCUCAAGCCUCUGGAGGCGCUGCUCACGGCGGAUUUUCGCCAGAUCGAGCCCCGCCUCCAAUCUCUCGACAAGCAUCUCAUCCUCCGCACCUAUCUUGACGGUUACACACUCGGUGAUAUUGACACCAAGAUAUGGCAAGCGCUCCGCGGCAACCGUGCUGCUGUCUCCUUCAUCAAGCGAGGAAGCCUGGUCAACCUCGCGCGUUGGUUCAAUUUUAUCGAGGAGAACCACCCCGAAAUCCAAGCCGAGAUCAAGCAAAAAGAUGCCGCUGCAAAGGCAAAAAUUGCUGCAGCGAGCAAGGCUGGUGGGAGCUACGCGCUGGCACUGCAAAACGCCGACAAGGGCGUCGUGACUCGAUUCUUGCCUGAGCCCUCAGGUUACCUUCACAUUGGACAUGCCAAGGCGGCACUCCUUAGCGAUUACUUUGCUCACCAAGCGUACAAUGGCACGCUGCGUCUGCGCCUCGACGACACCAACCCGUCCAAGGAGAAACAGGAAUACCAGGAUGCCAUCAUCGAGGACCUCGCUCUAAUGGGUAUAAGGCCCGACGCAGUCUCAUACACCUCGGAUUACUUCGACUACCUCUACGAGAUGUGCGUCCGGCUGAUCAAGGAGGGGCACGCCUAUGCCGAUGACACGGACCAGGAGACAAUGCGUGACGAGCGCUUCAAGGGCAUUGCUUCGAAGCGCAGAGACAGGCCCGUCGAGGAGAAUCUGCGAAUCUUUGAGGAGAUGAAGAAUGGGACCGAGGAAGGUCUCCGGAACUGCAUCCGCGCCAAAGUGUCGGUCGACAACCCGAACAAGGCCAUGAGAGACCCGGUGAUCUACCGGUGCAACAUCGAGACGCCUCAUCACCGUACUGGUACCAAGUGGAAGAUGUAUCCCAUGUACGACUUUGCUUGCCCCGUGGUCGACAGCUAUGAGGGUGUCACACAUGCGCUUAGAUCCACCGAGUACACGGACAGAAAUCCUCAGUAUCAGUGGUUCUUGGAUACCCUGAAACUCCGCCAGGUGUACAUGUGGGAUUUUGCCCGCAUGAACUUCAUCCGGACCUUCCUUUCCAAGCGUAAGCUUGCCAAGCUGGUCGACACUGGAAAGGUCUGGGGCUGGGAUGAUCCGCGCAUGCCCACCAUUCGUGGCGUGCGCAGGCGGGGAAUGACAAUUCCCGCCCUGCGUGAUUUCAUUCUGAAGCAGGGGCCUAGCAGAAACGUGGUCACAAUGGACUGGACGAACUUCUGGGCUAGCAACAAGAAGGAGAUUGAUCCAAUUGCGCCGCGGCACACUGCCAUUCUGCAAAAGGAUGUCGUCAAGGUGACUGUCACCGGUGCUGAGACGCCUGCUGAGCCUUUCAAGGCCGACAGGCCGAAGCACCCGAAGAACAAGGACAUUGGCACCAAGCAGGUGGUCUUUGCCUCGGAGCUUCUCUUGGACCAAGCCGAUGCGAAGAGCUUCAAGGAUGGCGAGGAGAUCACCCUCAUGGCAUGGGGCAAUGCCUUUGUUCGGCAGAUUGCGAGCGGCGAUCCGAUCCCCAGCCUGACCUGCGAGUUGAAUCUCCAGGGCGACGUCAAGACCACUGAGAAGAAGGUUACAUGGCUUGCUGCCAAGGGCCAGACGCUGGUCCCCGCCGAGCUUUGGGACUUUGACUACUUGAUCACAAAGGACGUCCUGCAAGAGGAGGACAACAUGGAGGAUUUCCUGAACCCGGUGACCGAGACGAUGGAGGACGCGUGGUGCGACGAGGCUGCUGCCCAGCUGAAGAAGGAUGAUAUUAUCCAGCUUGAGAGGCGCGGCUACUACCGGGUAGAUAAGGGGCUCGAUGACUGGAAGGAUGGGGAGGCGGGAGAGAAGGGCAAGCGGCUGGUUCUCUUCUGCAUCCCCACGGGCAAGACUGGCCCCAAAUAG